CUUCAACCUCUCACUCUGUCCCUCUCCUCAGAUACGCAGACGCAGCACAGCACAACACAGCACAACACAACACAUUCGAUCACAAACUCGAAUAUGGAUCCAGCACAGUUGAAAGAUGAAGCCGUCGCUGACCGCGUUCGCGCUGCUGCAGAAUUUCUUGAUCCAAGUGAUCCCACUACACGCAGUUAUCGAUCAGAUAUUAUCUUGAUGCUGCAGAAGUUCCAAAGACGACUGGUAGUCAGCAUUGAUGAAGUGCGCGCACGCAAUGUCGAACUUGCAGAGGGUUUGCUGCAGCAGCCGUUUGACUACGCCCAAGCCUUCGACCGAGCUCUCAAGGAGGUCAUUCAGACCCUACCAACGACAAAUUUGAAGCAGAUUUCCGAUGAUACUAUGUACUACUGCGCUUUCUCUGGGAGUUUUGGACAAUAUGCUUGCAAUCCACGAACCCUCUCCUCGUCAUACCUCAACCACAUGGUUUCGCUUGAAGGAAUUGUUACCAGGUGCUCUCUCGUGAGGCCCAAGGUAGUCAAGAGUGUGCAUUACAAUGAAAAGAAGAAGAUCUUUCACUUUCGCGAAUACAAAGAUCAGACCAUGACUUCUGGAGCCACUACUUCCAGCGUAUACCCACAGGAAGACGAAGAGGGGAAUCCUCUUGUCACUGAAUACGGAUAUUGCACAUACAGAGAUCAUCAGACUAUCUCAAUACAAGAAAUGCCUGAGCGUGCACCAGCCGGGCAGCUACCUCGAGGUGUUGAUGUCAUCUUAGAUGAUGAUCUGGUCGACAAGUGCAAACCUGGAGACAGAGUUCAGCUUGUUGGCAUUUAUCGAUCUCUGGGAAACAGAAAUGCGGGACACAACACUGCUCUUUUCAAAACGGUCAUCCUCGCAAACAAUGUUGUCAUGCUAUCAUCCAAAUCAGGAGGUGGAAUUGCUGCUGCCACAAUCACGGAUACCGAUAUUCGUAAUAUCAACAAGAUUUCGAAGAAGAAAAAUGUCUUUGACCUUCUCUCCCAGUCACUGGCUCCAAGCAUUUAUGGUCACGAGCAUAUCAAAAAAGCCAUCCUGCUGAUGUUGCUCAGUGGGCAGGAGAAGAAUUUGGAGAAUGGAACGCAUCUCAGGGGAGACAUCAACAUCUUAAUGGUUGGUGAUCCAUCGACUGCAAAGUCUCAAUUACUGCGGUUUGUCCUGAACACUGCACCCCUUGCCAUCGCUACAACUGGCCGAGGAUCGUCUGGUGUCGGUCUUACAGCUGCCGUCACGUCAGAUAAGGAAACCGGGGAACGAAGACUCGAGGCUGGUGCUAUGGUUCUUGCUGAUCGCGGAGUUGUGUGCAUCGAUGAAUUCGACAAAAUGUCCGAUAUCGAUCGUGUUGCUAUUCACGAAGUCAUGGAACAGCAGACUGUGACAAUUGCAAAAGCCGGUAUCCAUACCUCGUUGAACGCUCGGUGCAGUGUAAUUGCAGCCGCCAAUCCUAUCUUCGGACAGUACGAUACCCACAAGGAUCCUCAUAAGAAUAUCGCCCUUCCAGAUUCUCUCCUAUCCCGUUUCGAUUUGCUCUUCGUUGUUACGGAUGACAUUGAUGAUGCGCGAGAUCGUCAGAUAUCUGAGCACGUUCUUCGUAUGCAUCGUUAUCGACAACCUGGUACCGAGGAAGGAGCACCGGUCCGAGAGCAGUCUCAACAGACUCUAGGUGUCGGAGUUGAGCAGGAAGCUGAUGCCAAUCGCCCUACCGAUGUGUUUGAAAAGUACAAUCAGAUGCUUCACGCUGGUGUUACGCUUACCACUGGUCGUGGUGCAAACAAGAAGGUCGAGGUCCUAAGUAUACCUUUCGUCAAGAAAUAUAUCCAGUACGCCAAGUCGAGAAUAAAACCAGUCUUGACAGUAGAGGCUUCCGAGAGAAUCAGCGAGAUCUACGUCUCUCUCAGGAACGAUGACAUGCAAGGGAACCAGAGGAAGACAAGUCCCAUGACCGUCCGUACCCUUGAGACCAUCAUCCGUCUCUCCACAGCUCACGCCAAGUCUCGCUUGUCAGCUCGUGUCGAAGAACGAGAUGCUCUUGCUGCAGAGGCUAUUCUUAGAUUCGCUCUUUUCAAGGAAGUAGUUGAGGAUGAGAAGCGCAGCAAGCGCCGCAAGACUAGACCCCUCGAGGAUCUGUCUUCUGAUGACGAGAGCUCGGAUGAUUCCGACUCGCCGCCUCCAAGUACUAGAGCAGGAACCUCGAGGACCCGCACUCCCGGCACAACAUCGCGAACUCGUGCUGUGAAUGGCAGAAAGGCAGGUCAGAAUGGCUCUAGCUCUCGUACGAAUGGUGACAACGGUGGAGAUACUAUUUCUGAUGAUGAGGAAGAUGAUCUCUACACUGCGUCGCCAAGAACCACAACUCAAAGAUCACGACCAAACGGAACCAAUGGCACAAGUGCAUCUCAAACAUCGUUCGCGUCCUCCCUACCUGUAUCUCAAUUACAGAGCCAAUCUCAAUCUCAGGAAGAAGAUACUGAACUUGCUAGUGGGGCAGCUGCAUUGAGCAUUGCACCAACAAUUACUCCUUCGAGGUUGACGCUGUUCAGAAGCACUCUCGGUCAACUGCUCAGUUCACCUCUCUUCGAAGACGAUUCUGCUGAGGUUGACAAUAUCAUCACUGCGAUCAACAGAAGUAUUGGUGGCUCAGGUGGAGGUGCCUUUGACAGGCCAGAAGCUGUAGCUGCCUUGAAGAAGAUGGAUGAAGCAAACAAUAUUAUGUACACUGAUGGAGACCUUGUGUACAAGAUUUAGACAGAAUUCGUCUAUAGGGGGAGCUUUACUGGUCAGGAAUAUAUUGAAUUUUACGAUUGUUACGUGGUGGUUGCAGGCGUUAAGGUGAUGCCUGAGACCAGCACGGUUCGAUUUUAUGGCGUUUUGCUUUAUGUUUGUAAUGAGAUAUAGACGCCCCCUUGACUGAUUAGGGCACAGCGAAUGAGAGCAAGAGUCUAUGAUAUUGCCUUUAUUUCGAUGAUGCAUUACCCCGUCUAAUGCUCGCCAAACGUGCUCCACAAGGGAUAGGGGGAAAAAAAGAAGAGGAGUGCUUAUUCCACACAAGUCUAGUCAAAAUCACAACCCAAUCUUUUUCAAAUAGUCCUCCAGCCUUUUCUCCACAAGAACACCAUUCCACAACUCCACUUCUCCCUCAUUACCCUCUUCACCAGAAGCAGCAGAGGUAAGUACUGGCACACCAACCUGCUCAAUCAUAAAACUCGCCGCCACACUCCCCCAAGCACUCGCCUCCACCACACCCCUCCCCCUCGCGAGCGCAAUAGCCAGGCCACCCAGAAACCCAUUUCCCCCGCCCGUCGGAUCAACCACCCUCUCAC